CCCUCCCGCCGCCACUCCGGCGGCUCCUCCGAGCAGCGCCGCGGCUCCGGCUGCCGGGGCCGCCGGUGCGGGGGAUGCGGGGCGGGCGGCGGCGGCUCGGCGGCCCCGGGGGGGGCAGGUGAAGCCCGCGGAAGGAUGCCCGGCGUCGCCGCCAUCCUCCUCCUGCUGCAGCUCCUGCCCAAGGCGGAGGGACAGGGCUUCGCAGGUGGAUGUUCAUUUGAUGAGCACUAUAGUAAUUGUGGUUAUAGUGUGGCCUUGGGAACCAAUGGAUUUACCUGGGAGCAGAUCAAUACCUGGGAAAAGCCAACAAUGGAUCCUGCUGUCCCAACUGGCUCCUUCAUGAUGGUGAACAGCUCUGGGCGGGCAUCUGGGCAGAAAGCUCACUUGCUUCUGCCUACAUUGAAGGAAAAUGACACACAUUGCAUCGACUUCCACUAUUACUUAUCCAGCAGAGACCGUUCGAGUCCUGGCUCUCUGAAUGUCUACGUGAAAGUGAACGGAGGACCACAGGGCAAUCCCAUAUGGAAUGUCUCGGGGGUUGUUACAGAAGGAUGGGUGAAGGCAGAACUUGCCAUCAGUACAUUCUGGCCACAUUUUUAUCAGGUGAUAUUUGAAUCUGUCUCUUUGAAAGGACAUCCAGGGUACAUAGCUGUGGAUGAAGUCAGAGUUCUUGCCCAUCCAUGCAGAAAAGCACCGCAUUUCCUACGGCUGCAGAACGUGGAGGUUAACGUGGGGCAGAACGCGACGUUCCAGUGCAUUGCUGGGGGGAAGUGGUCACAGCAUGACAAACUCUGGCUCCAGCAGUGGAAUGGACGGGACACAGCAUUAAUGGUCACUCGAGUCGUCAACCAUAGACGUUUUUCUGCUACUGUCAGUGUUGCUGACACCUCUCAACGCAGUAUCAGCAAGUACCGAUGUGUCAUUCGUUCAGAUGGUGGAUCUGGAGUUUCAAAUUAUGCAGAAUUAAUAGUGAAAGAACCCCCAACUCCUAUUGCCCCUCCUGAGCUGCUGGCGGUCGGAGCCACCUACCUGUGGAUCAAACCCAACGCCAACUCCAUCAUUGGAGAUGGGCCCAUCAUACUGAAAGAGGUGGAAUAUCGGACGACCACUGGGAACUGGGCAGAAACGCACAUUGUAGAUUCCCCUAAUUACAAACUGUGGCAUUUGGACCCUGAUGUGGAGUAUGAGAUCAGAGUGCUGCUGACUCGCCCUGGAGAAGGAGGCACGGGGCCACCUGGGCCACCACUCACAACAAGGACAAAAUGUGCAGAUCCUGUCCACGGACCACAGAAUGUGGAAGUUGUCGACAUCCGUUCCCGGCAGCUGACGUUGCAGUGGGAGCCCUUUGGUUACGCCGUGACCCGCUGCCACAGCUACAAUCUGACAGUCCAGUACCAGUAUGUUUUUAACCAGCAGAAAUUCGAGGCAGAGGAACUCAUCCAGACUUCUUCCCACUACACUUUGCGAGGUCUUCGGCCCUUCAUGACCAUCAGGCUGAGGCUGGCCCUCUCUAACCCAGAGGGCAAAAUGGAGAGUGAGGAGUUGGUUGUGCAGACUGAGGAGGACGUUCCUGGACCUGUUCCCUUGGAAUCCAUCCAGGGAGGACCUUUUGAAGAGAAGAUCUAUGUUCAGUGGAAGCCUCCAAAUGAGACAAAUGGCAUCAUUACACUCUAUGAGAUUACAUACAAGGCCGUUGGGUCUCUGGAUCCCAGUGCUGACCUGUCCAGCCAAAGAGGGAAAGUCUUCAAGCUAAGGAAUGAAACACAUCACCUCUUUGUAGGAUUAUACCCAGGGACUACGUAUUCAUUCACCAUCAAAGCCAGCACAGUCAAGGGCUUUGGGCCACCCAUCACAACACGGAUUGCAACUAAGAUUUCAGCGCCAUCGAUGCCAGAAUACGACACCGACUCCCCCUUGAACGAGACUGACACCACCAUCACCGUUAUGCUGAAGCCUGCUCAGUCCCGGGGAGCCCCUGUCAGUGUCUACCAGCUGGUUGUCAAGGAGGAGAAGCUGCAGAAAGCCCGGAGAGCUGCGGACAUCAUUGAAUGCUUCUCUGUCCCCGUCAGCUACAAGAACGCUUCCAGUCUGGACUCCCCGCACUACUUUGCAGCCGAGCUGAAGCCCAUCAACCUGCCCGUCACGCAGCCAUUCACGGUGGGCGACAACAAGACCUACAAUGGCUACUGGAACGCCCCGCUUUCUCCCCUGAAGAGCUACAGCAUAUACUUCCAGGCUCUAAGCAAGGCAAAUGGAGAAACAAAAAUCAACUGUGUCCGGCUGGCAACAAAAGGAGCUUCCACCCAGAAUUCCAAUGCAGUGGAACCUGAAAAGCAAGUGGACAGCACAGUGAAAAUGGCUGGAGUUAUAGCUGGGCUUCUGAUGUUUGUUAUCAUCCUCUUAGGAGCAAUGCUUACCAUCAAGAGAAGAAGAAAUGCAUACUCCUACUCCUAUUACUUGCAUUCAAGCCAAUGUUUUAGGGGCCUCUCUGUCUUCUACAGGACCAGGAAGCUAGCCAAGAAGCAGAAGGAGACUCAGACCAGCACACAGAGGGAGAUGGGUCCCGUGGCUGCUUCAGACAAGACCUCUGCCAAACUCAGUGCUGUUCACAAUGAAGAAGCUUUCUCUUCCAGCUGCCAAGAUGUUAAUGGAUUCAGAUGCCGAGGUGUUGGAGCAUCACCCUCUCCUUGUUCAUUUUCUGUCCAAAGCAAAACCCUUCAGAGCAAAUCUUUGUUGAAUUCCUACUACUCAGUAUCAUCAGACACUGUUCCAUCGACCACGCUGUUAGGUAAGAAGCCAGACAGUAGCCAUGGAGAGAUGACCCAGCCAACCCUGACUAUCCAGACCCACCCGUACCGGAGCUGCGAGCCGGUGGAAAUGUCCUACCCCCGGGGGCAGUUCCAGCCAGCCAUCCGAGUGGCCGACUUGCUGCAGCACAUCACCCAGAUGAAGCGAGGACAGGGCUAUGGAUUUAAAGAGGAGUAUGAGGCACUACCCGAGGGGCAGACGGCAUCCUGGGACACAGCCAAGGAAGACGAAAACCGCAAUAAGAACAGAUACGGAAAUAUAAUCUCCUAUGAUCAUUCAAGGGUGAGAUUGCAACUGCUGGAUGGGGACCCUCACUCUGACUACAUCAACGCCAAUUACAUCGACGGGUACCACCGGCCUCGUCAUUACAUUGCAACUCAAGGGCCGAUGCAAGAGACAGUGAAGGAUUUCUGGAGAAUGAUUUGGCAAGAAAACUCUGCAAGCGUUGUCAUGGUCACCAACUUGGUGGAAGUGGGCAGGGUGAAAUGUGUUCGGUACUGGCCAGAUGACACAGAGGUCUAUGGCGAUAUUAAAGUCACACUAAUUGAGACAGAACCACUGGCAGAGUAUGUCAUACGCACAUUUACUGUACAAAAGAAAGGCUACCAUGAGAUCCGAGAGAUUCGGCAGUUCCACUUCACCAGCUGGCCAGACCACGGGGUUCCUUGCUAUGCCACGGGCCUCUUAGGCUUUGUUCGGCAAGUGAAGUUUCUCAACCCCCCAGAAGCAGGACCUAUUGUUGUGCACUGCAGUGCCGGGGCUGGGAGAACAGGGUGCUUUAUUGCCAUCGACAUCAUGCUUGACAUGGCAGAGAACGAAGGCGUGGUAGAUAUAUUUAACUGCGUGCGAGAGCUGCGCUCCCAAAGGGUCAAUUUGGUGCAGACGGAGGAGCAGUAUGUAUUUGUCCACGAUGCCAUUUUGGAGGCAUGUCUCUGUGGCAACACGGCCAUUCCAGUUUGUGAGUUCAGAUCCAUAUAUUACAACAUCAGCAGACUAGAUCCACAGACUAACUCCAGCCAGAUAAAAGAUGAGUUUCAGACUCUCAAUAUUGUGACACCGCGUGUUCGGCCAGAAGAUUGCAGCAUCGGGCUUCUGCCAAGGAACCACGACAAGAAUCGCUGCAUGGAUGUGUUGCCCUUGGACCGGUGCCUGCCUUUCCUCAUCUCGGUGGAUGGCGAGUCAAGUAACUACAUCAAUGCUGCACUCAUGGAUAGCCACAAGCAACCUGCUGCCUUUAUUGUAACCCAGCACCCUUUGCCCAACACCGUAGCAGACUUCUGGAGGCUGGUGUUUGAUUAUAACUGCUCCUCCGUCGUGAUGCUGAAUGAGAUGGAUGCAGCACAGCUCUGCAUGCAGUACUGGCCAGAGAAGACGUCCUGUUGUUAUGGCCCAAUUCAAGUAGAGUUUGUUUCAGCAGACAUCGAUGAAGACAUCAUCAACCGGAUAUUCCGGAUCUGCAACAUGGCCAGGCCCCAAGAUGGAUAUCGCAUCGUUCAGCACUUGCAAUACAUUGGCUGGCCAGCAUACAGGGACACCCCUCCUUCCAAACGCUCCCUCCUGAAGGUGGUCAGAAGGUUGGAGAAGUGGCAGGAGCAGUACGAUGGGCGAGACGGCCGCACUGUUGUCCACUGCCUGAACGGUGGGGGACGUAGUGGCACCUUCUGUGCCAUCUGCAGUGUGUGUGAGAUGAUUCAACAGCAAAAUAUCAUCGACGUGUUCCACAUAGUGAAAACGUUAAGGAAUAACAAAUCCAACAUGGUGGAGUCACUGGAACAGUAUAAAUUUGUAUACGAGGUUGCACUGGAAUACUUGAGUUCCUUUUAGCCCAGCGAAGGGAGGGGAGCCUCCGACAUGGCAGACCCCAACCCCUGGCAGACGCUUCUCCCCUCUCCCACGUUAGAAGGCAGUAACAGGUGUGGGAAGGAAAACCUCUCCUUCCCGGAGCAAGAGACUGGGACUGCACAGACCUCGCUGGAAGGAGGAGAUGAUGCCUGUGUUUGCUGCUGCCUGCUUUCUAUUGGAGCAUCUACCGCUUCUUAAAUAACCUACUGUACAAAUUAGCAAAAUGGGAGACAGACUGAAAGACUGGACUUUCUAAUCCCCUCUGACUUCUCUCCUCUUUGGGAUUGUAUUUUUGCUCUCCUUGCCGCAGAGUGGGGAAAGAAUGAAACCCUUAGGAAAUUCUCUUUUAAAUGUUUCCUUUUUAAGUUAUAUUUUUAUUUUUGAAUCUCAGUCUUUAAUUUUUGAACUUCAUGCAGCAGUCAUUUGGGAAAAAUGAGAUAGCCAUAGGGGAUCUAUGACAUGUUUCAUUACAAUUUGCCUACCUUACCUGUGUUCAUUUUAUUUUCCAAAUGAAAAGGCCAACACCAAAAACCACUGGAAUUAUAUUUCUGUAUCUGGUUCCUUUCAGCAUGAAAAUAGAUGAUGGAGAUGAGAAAUUGUUCAUGGAUUCACUGCCUCGGCUUCUACAUGUUUCCUCCCAGUUUCUGCUAGACUCCCAAGGCUGUGUGCAUGAACUGGUUACAUCUCUACUCCGUGUUCAUUUCAGCGCUGGUGAAGCAAUGGCAUUAAUGAGUUUCCCAGCCACUUAAACCCUAAGGUUAAAUAUUUGCAUCAAACAAAUUGCAUUUGUCUUGCAACUUUGGUAACUUUGUUACCAUAUUUUUCAAGUAUUUGCUGGGGUGCAGUGUGUCUUUGAAAAACAGGGUAUAAAGUAGGUGUUACCGAUCAUAUACUAUGUAUUAUUAUUUUUUUAUUUAUUAUUUGUAUUGCUGUGGAACUUAGGACCCCUAGUCCUGACAGGACCCUGCUGAACUAGGCACUGUGCAAAGAGAGAACAAAGAAGGUUCCUGCUCAAGAACUUAGAAUCUGAAGGUAAUCUUAAAAUUGGGUUUCAUCAAGGUUUCCUCACUGUUUCCAAACUGUUCUACAAUCAGAUGUAGCCGAGUGAUUUAUUCACAUUUCCAGCUCCUGUGUAUUUCAAAAUGGUAACCCAUCCAGGCUGUAGGAAAGGUGAUGUACAUACACAGAAACCUGUUCUGACGUGCUCAGAAAAGUCUUUGACCAGCACAGCAACUUUCCAUCUUAAGCAACACAGCUUUUGUUUUGUUCUGCAGAAAUGCCUGUGCAGCUCUACUGCCUUGAAACAAACAUCAGAUGUGUUUUGCCCUGGUUCUGGAUCUCAUUCUGACUUCCUAGAAGCUAAGAAAUUACUUUUCUAGAAGAGUAUGCUUAAAUAGUUAAUCACUAAGGUCUGCAGGAUAAUCUUGGAGAAUUUUAAAUGAACAAGGACUGCAACAUUCAGUAUUUCAGUUUAGCUAUUUAUUUAUCUUGAGGGUGCAGGGAUACUGGGUUACUCUGUGUGUAAAUUAGAUUCUGGGAGAUGCAGGUUUCUUCAAAUACAGACUUGUUAAAAGCUAGACUGAAUGUAAGAGUUUAAGGAAAACUCUGCCACUUUGUAGUUUUCUACCCCUAAGUGAAUACUCAGAGACUGUGCUGGGAACUCUGUUGUGUUAAUGCAUGGCACAGAGAAUGCCAGAAGCUCAAAAAAAUUUACUAAUCCCACAUGCAAAUUGAAAAGGCACCUCUGCUUCAUAGACAUUCGUUUAUAAAAAAUUAUACCUUUGACUUGACAAUGAAAUAUGAAAAUUAAAUCUGAUAAAAGCAACUUGAUGUAAAUAGACCAGUAUCUAACCAAAAAGUUAUCUCUGUCAGGACCUGCAGCAGUCUUAAGAAAGGAUGCUUGGUAUUUGCAAAUGGAACAGCAAUAACACUUCUUCCUGCUCAGCAGAAGAGGGGCUUGCAGAGGAUGCUGAACUGUUUAGCUCAUGUUUUUUCCAAGAAGCUUUGGAUUCUUGGCUUCUUCCAAGUGAAAAUCUUGAAGGUCUUAAAUGUGGUGGACUACAGCAUCCCUUGAUGUAGCUAGAGUGCCACAAAGAAUUGAAGAGAACCCCCUCACAGGUUCCUCUGCUCUGUUUCAGGUUGGUCUUCCCUGUUGCCUGCAGAAAUCCCCUUUAGUUCAUAAUGGUGCUUGUCUGUCACACCAAGUGAAUGUCUGGUGUUACAGGAAACAAAUUGCUUGUUUGAUUUACUUUUUUUUUCUUUAUUUUUUAUUUUUUUCUGCUAAGCUACACAAGCAAUUCCGCAAAAGAAUCCGACAAAGCAAAAUUGUGACAUAAAUAUUAGAAGGAAGGCAAAAUGCAACUGUUUGGAUUUCAGACAUAAUUGCUGUAACAACAGCUUGCUGUAGCAGCAUAGGUCAGUAGUUUGGGGCCAGUUGCAAAGAAGAGGAAGAAGGAGGGAAUCUUGAUCCCAAGAUGGGAUUUUACAACUGCCCAGGUUGAAAGAAGGUAAGGAGAAACUACCAGUGAAAUGUUCAUGACUUCACCAGCUCCAGAAAGCCAGAGAGAAUCACUCCCUGUAGAAGCUUUAGAAAUAUUAAUUAAAAACAUUCUGUUAAUUUUAUGUGGAAACUAGCAUACCUAUAGCUACUGAAAGACUAGUUCAAGCUCUGAGGUUAAUACCCAGGAAAAAGGGAAUAGAGAGGUAGAAGAAAUGGCAAUAUAACCAAAAAAUUAAGUGUCAGAGGUGAUUCCAGGCUUAACAAUAGCAUAGAGGAAAGUAGAUUUAAAAGCCAGAAGUAAGCCUAGAGGAGGGAUGUAUGCAUGGAGAGAAGCAGGUGUUAGAUGAGCAGAGCAGAAUAGCUCUUGCAGUGAAGUUGUUUAAGGUCUUGAGGUAGGUUUGAAUGUAUUUUCAUGGUAUAAAAAAUAUUAGUACAGGGUCAGUGGCAAGUACCAGCUGAUGUGUUCCAUGUGCUUGUAGCCCUCUGAGAAUGCAAAGUGAUGUUAGCAGUGAAAGGUGUUUAAGCUACACUUUACCUUGUAUUUGCAAGAAACAAGUUUGAUGCAAAUGUUGUUGGUUUGCACAGCUGAACUGUUAGUCACAACUGAUUAUGUGCCAGCUCAGUUCAGUGUUUCAGCUUUCUUCUAAUGUUCAGCUGACAACCAGCGUGGAAGGAUGCUCAGCAAACACUACAGGUGGUUCUGCUUAUGGACCCAAACUGUUAUCAGCACACAGUUGCAUUGCUUUCAGGGAACUGACCUGGGUCUCUGGUGGCUCAGGGAUUUACACUGUUCUGUGCUACUCAAUGCAUAUAUGUUGAAUGUAAAUUAAUGAUGAAGAAAAAGAAAAGAAGGCCACUUUAAAUAACCUUGGUAUCCUAAGGUUCUUUAAACCAUAGAGAACAACCAGUAGCAAAAUAGGUAAUGUGUUUGAAGCAAGAUCAUGGGCGUUGGGUUUGUUUUCACUGGGAAAGAGAAAUGAUGAGGUAAAGGAGGCUUUCUCACUCCUGAAAGGGUUAACAGUCAGGGACAAACUUUCCAACCGCAGUAUUACUUGUUGUGGUUGGGGAGCAGUAAUAUAAGGUAGAAAAGGUGAAUUCCUCAAUGACUGAAUUUUAGGCUGGGAAAACAUGAUUUUGACAAUAUUUGAAAGGUGGUAAGGAAAACAUUUAUUCCCAUUCCAACAUCCUGGCAGAGUUGGGUGAGAAUUGUUUAUUGAUAGCAUAGUAUGGAUCUGUAGUGUAAUCUGAUAUUCAGGGAACUAGAAAUAAGUCAGUAAGGCUGGGGGUAUGGGGACUAUCUCAUACACAGCACAGAGUAACCAACAUCUUAAAUUGUUACGGGAUAUAACUAAAGCAAGAGAUAUUGAGGCUGGCUGCUGGAGAAAGGAGGCCCUGAGUUGUUGCAGAAAAGGGACAGAGAGACUAAACACCCUGCAAGGUACAGUAGGUUUUGAAAUUUUUUUUUUUUAUUAUUUUUUUCAAAAUUAAGAUCUCUGCAGGAGCUGCAUCCUUUGCAGGCACCUCCCCAGCCCCCCAAAAAGGCUGUAAAGAAUAAGUUAUUUGAGGACCUGUAAGUAGACCUGAGGUACUUGUUUAUUAAUGUGAAGAAAACAGACCAUGGAUGGGAGCAUAGUGUCCGUGUGAAGGUAACUGAAACAGGUGGCAAACAAGCAGAUGGGGAUUUAGUGGGUUUAGGUCUGCAGACUGAAAUAACUGGUAUUGUCUGAUCCAGUAAGUCUGUGGUUAGCAGGAGGCAUUUCAGUUCAUGACUGAAAUUUUUUAGCCAAGUUGCACAGAGUUCUGUCUGCUUUUGUCAUGCUUAGCUCCAGCACUGGUUGGUCCCACUUCAUUUAUUCACAUUUCAGCCAUUUGUGUGAGCUAGAGUUGUCCAUUUUAGUCCACAGGCAACAGGUGGCUAGAAGGAAAGAUUUUUACAAGCACGAAAAAGCCAUAGACUUUGUCACCUUCCCCCCCCAAAAUCAAGCCGCGGUUCCUGUACCCCAUCUCUCCUGCUCAGCACCAGCCCAUGUUACGCCCACACGCCCAGAAAGUAGACAGAUAUUUUGGGAAAUGCUGCGACCCCUAAUCAGUCUGGUCCAUGUAACUCUGUAGGGAAAGGAGGGAAUCCCAAAGCGUAGCUUCUGGGCAGAGAAACAUGGAUUUGUGUGUCAGGAGGUUUCUGCCUUUUAUUCUGGAUCUGUAAAUGCCCUGUGAAAAUGUCCAGUGGCAAUAUAGACCCUACAGUAGUAGAUUUAGACUUGUAGAUGUUAGACUUGUUUUUCCAUCUACUUUUCACAGGUCCUUUAGAAUUAGGUUAGAAUUAGGCUCACUGGCAGUCAUCGUGGGUCACUGCUCAUGAGUCCUGUAAAGGCAGAGAAAGGAGAGAGGCUCCUGCCUGCAGCAGGCGGUUCCGAAGGCAUUUCAACCAAUUGCUAUCUGGAAGAGAGGGAGGAAAAGAAAUCUCCUUUGGAGAAAGACAGACAUUGGAGGUAAAGGAAGAUUACACGGAGACCUGAAACAGGUAGGAAACUUCCACUUUGUUCUCCCUCUCCUUCUCGCAGGGGUUUACUUAUGUCAUUCUCGCUUUUGUGAGUUCAUGCCAAGAUCAUAAAAAACCAGGUGGUAGCACAUUCGUGGAGCUCUCUAGAGAUGGAGCAGUCAGUGUAACAGAGGGAAUAAAUCCUGAGGGACAGAGAUAAAAGGCGAUUUUCUUGAGAGGAAUCUUCAAGCACGAGGUGCCCCUAUCUGUCACACUCGCAGGGUUCUUGGAAAGUCAUCACAGAGCUGUGCACAGUCCUGGCGUAUUCCUGCAUGUGCAAUACAGUGCAAAUGCUGCACUCAGAAUGCUUCUUUGUCCUAUAAUACAUUUAAACAAUCAACUGUGUUAUACUGGCAGCCAAGUUAAUAUUUAGCAGUUGGAAAGGGCAUCUCCUGAACUUGGUACGAGCCUGCUGGGUUCUCAUUUGAGAUCCUUCCGAUUGUCUGAAGUGAACAAGCUUCAUUUCUGUGUUAGAAACAUAAAUGGGACCAUGUGACAAAAGGUAUUCAGCAUGACUCUUGAGUCUAAAACUCAGUACACCUCUUAGAAAACUGUGAAGUGGUAAAACAGAGUAUUACAUGUUCAUUGCACAGACCUUCUCAGGAGCAGGAACUGAGGAAGCCAGCUAAUUAAAAUUAGGUAUACAGAAAUGAGUAAUGAGUACUCUAUUAACCCCCCUGUGUUCAUAUUUUAUUUAGAUUGCGGUCUUCUGUAGCCAUACAUAUUUGAUACACAAUUUAAAUGCAAGUGCCCUUUCUUUCCCUGUUCCCCAAAAUACCCGUAGCUAUUCCUACAGCAUAGCAAGCAAGCAAAGCCCACUUUCUGCAAGGGCCGCUAGGAAAAUCUAUCAUGUAGUAUCUGUUUAUUGACUUGGGAAAUAUUAGUCAUCUUCCUCCUCAUACGUAUUUGAAGAAUAUACAAUUUGGUAUAGCAGUUAAGUAAAUUCAUGCAUUUUUAUACAUCAAGACCAAAUCCUGAUGAUACCAAGUUUUAUGGAAAGACAAAAAUCUUGCUGAGUUCCAGUGGCCUCUAAUCUCUAAUCCUUAUUUUCUGUGUUAAAAGAUUUUAAAAGCCUCCCUUGUAACCGAUAGACUACACUUAGAAUAUCCUACAGUUUCAUAUUGGAGUAGCAUAAUUGUGAAAACCUGGCAGCUUGUUCUGUUUGUAAGAAGCGAGAGAUCUAAAUGAGCCUUCCUAGCCUUGUCCCAGUGCAUCUAACAGAAUUUUCACCCUUAUUUUCUGUUUUCAACCUAACCCUUAUAAAAACAAAAUAGUGCAGCAGACUGAAUGACAGCUGCUGGUGUUCCCAUAGUGUUUCCUGGUGGGGGGAGGAGGAGGAAACUUUUUUCUUACAAGUCAAUUCAGCAUGAGCUGCUUCUAAGCAGUGUAGUCAGAGACAGUUUUGUCUGGAGCAAGGAUUUACUUGUUGUUGCCCGGUGGAGGUACGCUGUAGAUGUAACCUUUGGGACCAGUCCUGAUCUUUUCUAUAUAGGUUACCAGCAGAAUAGGGGUCACUUUAGCAGAAGUACUCGUUGCAAAAUGACAGGGCUUCAGUGAAGAUUUUUUACUGGGAUAUGUUGCUCUGCAGAGGUUUAUUUCCUUGUGUGAGUACAUCAUCUUUCAGUGGGGACCUCCAGGAAAUCUUCCUUACCUGAAGUUACAGAAAGGAGUGCAUUCGCAGGGGUGGAAGGAGGAAUGAGGCCAACAUUUUAUAAGCUUUCAUGAAUUCAGCUAUUCUAAAAGACUCCCCAGGACAGAUGACGAUGGGUUGUUUGCAUUGCUGAAAGUGUAACUAGCUCUAAGGCUUCGUGUGCUGGACUUCGGUGUACCUGGAGCAGAACUGGCAUUAUCCCCCUCAUCACCCCUGUAGCCCUUUCUUAUGUCUUCAGCACUUACGCUGCUCUUCCAUGCCGAACGUUGCAGCUGCAUCCUUGACACCUUUAAUCCAUACUGACUAACCGCAUUGACAAAAUUCACUCCUGUAUUGAUUUAAUCUCCUUCACCUCCUUCCCCUCUGCGCCAAUCCUGUUGAAAUUAAAAUGUACUAGCAUCACUUGCUACCAGACUUGUUACUACUUCAGACAGCAAUGCUGCAGCUGCAUCUGGAUCAGCAGGAUCCUAUCCAGCUCCCUGGAUGCAUUCUGCCAGCAGGGAGGAAUGCUGCAUGAGAGCAAGUCUCUGCUGUUGCGAUUCUGCCCCCAUCUCCCCUCCUUUGGCCUUUAUGGAUUACUGGUGAAACUCACUUGUACAGUUUGGAUGUUUGAUAGAUAAAGCACGUACGGAAAAAAAAGGAAAAACUAUAAAUACAAAAAUCUCAACACUGUGCAUUCAGUGUCUUUUCUUUCUAGCUUAAAAGAAGGAAGGUAAAUAAUGUCAAGUCAAUGAAUAUCAGAUAUAUUUUUUGACUGUACAUUACAGUGAAGUGUAAUCUUUUUUUUACAACUGCGAGUCCAUCUUAUUUAUUCUUGUAAAUGUUCCCAGACAAUGUUUGUAAUAUGGGCUGUGUUGCAAAUCCAUAAAAUAAAUCUGUGAUCUGAGAUUAAUGUUUUACUAAGA